AUGCUGCCGUACGUCCCGCCAAGCAGGGUCUCAGGGGAUGCCGAUACCAUGAACACUGUGUUGAAGUUCCACUCUUUCCCUUCACAGGUACUACGGCAACCAGGAUCCCCCGAGCAGUGGUCGCUCGAUCGCGGUGUUGUCUCGGGAUCGCUAUGACCGCGACGACCGGCGCCGGGAUGAACAAGGCGCACCACCACCGCCACCGCACGCUGGAGGGUAUCCUGACCCAUACAACGCUGCCUUCCAUCACGGCAACGACCACCAGGGUUAUCGAGAUCCCGUAGACUAUGACGACGAUUACGAUCGCCGCGGCGCCAAACGAAGUCGGAUCGAGGUCAGGACAAGGGCGAAACAGAAAUGCUCCUGCUCCAUCCUCCUUUCCUGGCAUUGACGUUGGGGUUCAGAACCUUUCUUCAUUCGCGCAGUAUGAGCCGCCCUCGAUGCGCUACAACGAGGAUGAGUAUCGUGGCUACGUCCCCGCGAGGGGCCCCACUGUAACCGGGGGCGAACGGUACGAUCACCCAGCCGACGACCGAGGGUAUCCCUAUCCGAUCGGUGGCAUGGAUCCACAUGCACCAUAUCCCCCACCCCUAAGGGACCCUUCGCGACGAGGUGAUGGCCCAUCGAGUCGCCCGCCGGCCCCCAUGAACGCGCCCUCGCCUUCGGUCAUCUUUCUCGGCCUCCCCCCCUACGCCAACGAUGAAGCCCUGCUGCAAUGGAUCCAAUCCCUGACCACCUCGGUCGAAUCGGCCAACGUCAUCGUUGAUCGCUCGACCGGCCAAUCGAGGCGGUAUGGGUUUGGCAAGUUCGCCUCGGUUGAACAUGCGAGGUCGGUCGUCGAGCCCAACUUCCAACGAGGGAUCCCUUGGACCGAUCGGGUGCCGAAUCGAGAGGUCGCCGCGACGGGGCCCCCAGAGUACAUCAUCAAGGUCAAUUUUGCUUCCAAGGCGGGAGGGCACAAGAACGAGCAAGGCGCCGAGAUAAGGUGGAACGAAGAUCGGCGCAGGGACGGCCUCCUGCCACGGCGGGUCAACACGCCGCAACAAGGCGUCUACGUCAACGAUGGGACGAGGGACAUCGGCACCACGCAGAAUUCGCUCAUUCUGCUACGAAAACUGGACGCUUUAACUUCGGAGGAUGAGAUUUGGAAAGCACUGGCGGGACUCGAGGGGGUGGCAGGCCAAGCGAUCAGGGAACGCGGUGGGAUCGUCAAGAUCAUGAUGGCGAGAGAAAGAGCAACGAGGAGUAAUUGGGGCUUUGCGUUCGUCAAGCUCAAGGAUAUUGCAGUGAGUCGCAGAGGCCCAUGCUCCAGGACGAAAUCCAGAGUAACGCUCACUCUUCGGCCUCGCCUCGAACAGCUUGCGAAUUCGGUUAUGGCGAGCGUCAUGAACCCGAUUUCGUACCCGCAAGGGUUUCGUAUACGGAAAGUUGCUGCCGCCGUAUCCUUUUGCCACGACAACUCUUUCGUGCCCAUCUACGCUAAAUCCGAGUGGUCAUUCAACGGUGAUGGCGGACAGCAAUUGACCUACUGGGACGACAAGUCGUUCGUCACGCACUGGAUACCACCGGCUACCUCCCUACGCACGGGCAGAGGUGCAGCAUCGGCCUCACAGCAAGAAAAUGUGGAAGUGGAAAAGGAGAUGGAUCCAGCCGAGGCGGACAUGGAAGCGUUCCUGUCCUCAAUCGCUGCCGAGUUGCCGCCGGAGCUAUUCGCUGCUGAGCCGACACCGCCGGAACGAUCGACGCCAAAGCCCGUCAUCUCUAAUUCCAAAUCAGAAGGUGCUCCCACUGACCUUGAGCAGGCUAGUACUAGUACCUCCACUCCUCGCGCCAAGGCAUCCUCGUCAACAACUACAUGGGACAAAUCGGCGGGGAUCGGACCCAACCUUCAAGGUCAGCUCUCCUUUGUGCAUCUGUCUCACCCGACUAACAGUCUACUGAUGCCGCAUUCGUCUUGUCUUGUAGUCCGCAAGGAGAAGAAGAGCGGCGAGACGAUCGUCGCCAAAAAGAUGGCGUCUCACCUUGACAAAUGGUCUCAGAAGCAGGCCGAGCUUAAGGCGGUCAACAUCUUUGAAACGAACUCUACCUCAUCAGAGCCUGCGCGACCGACGUCAAAGCCAGAGCAGGCCACCUCGAGAGGAAAAGACACUGCUGGCAAAGGAAUUUCUUCAAAACCGGCCUCCAGCUUGAAGGCCAUCGCGGUGGCGCAGUCAGGUCCGGCCACGGCCCCAUCAUCGAGCUCUACCAGUGUGCCCGGGGACGAUCUUCCCUACGGCGACAGCGUCAACAAGAUCUGCUUGCUCUGUGCCCGCCAGUUCAAGUCGCUCGAAGAGAUCAACAAGCACAACCGACUGUCGAAACUGCAUCUCACGAACCUCUCUGAUUCCGCACUCGUCUCUCGUGCGACGACUAUGAAGGCCGACAACAUCGCCAAACGCGCUGCAGUCGCUUCCAAAGCCGAUGCAGCCAAGUCGCCUCAGUACAUUGAUCGGGCGGCUGCGCGACGAGAACACUUUCAUCAACCGGAAAAACCUGAGCGAGAGACGAGGGAGAAGAAGAAGUUUGAGGGCCCUCCGCCGAGGGAGGAAUUGGUGCAGCCCAACAACGACGGCAUCCAGGAUACGAAUGUCGGGAGCAAGAUGCUGGAAAAGAUGGUACGUUCUUCUCCGGCGUAUACGGGUCUGAUACACUUCCCGAUGCUGAAUUGGCUGUCCUUUUCAGGGUUGGAGCAAAGGUGCUGGCUUGGGAGCGACGGGCGAAGGUCGUUGGGCGCCGGUGAUGGCUAGUUCGUUCGCUCAGGGCGCGGGCCUGGGCUCGGCCAAGCCUCUGCCUUCGUUGGCGAUUGGUCGUUCGGGGGCGAGCGUCAAGGAUGCGACGCGCGAUUUGACGAGGAAGAGGUACGAGGGUUGA